CUUUGUCUCCUGAGGCAUUACUGUGCGAGAUUACAGAAUAUUAUUAAUUCAUUUCAUAGUUUUAUUAUUUAAUUGAUCUGUGUUAAAGUUGUGAAGGCUGAGUUAACCUAGCUGUACUAGUUUAAAAGGUGAAUUAUCCCAGGGAAAGCUACAUUAGCCCACAACGUUUCUCACUUGUAAGUUGUUUUGCAUAAACGUUUAUGCUAAAUAAAUGUAAUGUGAGUCAUAACUGGCCAGGUGAGAGAUAGGAGGUGUAAAAAAUGUUUUGUACCCCCUUAUAAAACCUCAGAACCCCCCUUUAUAAUUCAGUGGAGCCCCCACUCUCUGUAGCCCCUCCACCCAGUCUCUGUAAUGGCUGCCAUCUCACACGCAUCCUGAGAUUUGACGUCCCCACCGCACCCACGCCCAUCCCCCCUCAACACUCCCUCCAUGGCUUGCUGAAACUCUCAAAUCUUGCAGAUUUGACUGGUGCGAAACCUACAAAAUGUCCAUUAUAACGAAUAACUUUGUCUCCUGAAGCAUUACUGUGGGAGAUUAUCGAAUUUUAUUAAUUAAUUUCAUAGUUUUAUUACUUAAUUGAUGCGUGGUAACGUUGUGAAGGCUGAGUUAAAGUGUCAUUAGUUGUUUACACAGGGCUGAGCCGUCAGCCUCAGCUAGCUGCUUUUUGUAUCCAAGCAGGAACUCCGGUUUGUGCCGGAGCCUAAAUCAAGCGCUCCUUUAUCACUGCCUCACACCUGCACCAACGACGGCAUUCAGACCUUCAUGCUAAUGUCUGAGGAAUGAGGAGCAUUCUAGCUGUGCCACACUGAAGAAAAUGAAUGCCAACCAGAGUUUUAGAUCAUAUGAUGGAAGUGCCGGUAGCGUGGGAGAGGUUUGACGAGUCUACACCCAGCUGUCCCAGUUCAAAAGCCACUGAUGAGACAAAUGAGCUUGAUCCUGAACAGAGGCAAAAGGAUCAAACACGUCACACUUGUCGCCUCAAGAAACUCAAAGCCCAUCAUGAUAAAUGUGAGGCUCAUUACAAGGCAGCCUGUGUAAAGAUGGCAAAUGAAGAGAAGGAGAGGACGUCUUGUCUACAUGAGAAGGGUUUAAUGCAAUCACAACAGUCAUCCAGUGAGAGUGACGAUACCAUCAUCCUUGGUCCAACACCAGCUGCAGUAAUCCAGGACAUGAGUGUGCCUGAGCUCGCCAGAACCAACAGUUUGAUUGUUGUCCGCAGUGAGAAGUGCAUCUUGAAAUUAGGAGAACAUUUGUUCAAUAAACAUGGCCAAGAUGUUACAAGACACGAAUACAUCCGACAGAAGAUGCGUGAGACCGCACGAGUUGUUCUGCAAGGACAGAAAGAUGGCAAGUUGGAGAUGCUGUCAGAUUUCUUUGUGCCAGCUAACUUCCCUCACGUCAUAGAUGCCGUUCAGAAGGUGGCUGGCUUGGACGAGAGAACAAAAGUCUUCAAAACACCAUCUUUAGCACUCAAGUUGGGUCACAACCUCAACAAAGUGGCCAGUAUUCUUGAAUGUGAGGCUAUGAUCUCAGGCGAUGAGAAUACCAUUCAGAAUGUGCGAGUUUUCAAACAGAUCUGUGAGACCAGAUGGAGCGAGUGUGUCUCUUCCUAUGCCCUUAGGACUUUGAAUGAGGCUAAAUGGAAUGCUCCUCAGCUUAUUCCCUUUGCUGAUGAUGUCAGAAAAAUGCAUCAGUAUCUUGACACAAAAAGGAUUGAGUGCCAGAGAAACCUGAAGGAAGAAGCAGUAAAGAAGAACUGGGCUGAACUUGCCAAGAUCACACUGUGUGAGGUGAUAAUAUUCAACCGGAGAAGAGAGGGAGAAGUAUCCAAGAUGCCUCAGAAUGCUUUUACUUUGAGAGAUACUUCUGUCACCCAUCCAGAUGUGGAGCUUGCUUUGUCAGAACUUGAGAAGAAGCUGUGUAAGCACUUCCAGCGAAUUGAGAUAAAAGGCAAACGCGGCCGAAAGGUUCCCAUUCUCCUCACUCCUGAUAUGGCUUCAUCGAUGGAGUUGCUUGUACAAAAUCGUCAUCAUUGUGAUGUGUUGGAUGAAAAUCCGUACAUGUUUGGCAGACCACAGACUCUCAAUCACUUCAGAGGAUCUGAUAUUAUUCGUGAGAUAGCUCAAAGCUGUGGAGCAAAACACCCAGAAGCAUUGUCCUCAACCAAACUCAGGAAGCAUAUGGCCACCAUGUCAAAGGUUCUUAACCUAAAGGACAAUGAAAUGGAUGACCUGGCUGACUUCCUAGGCCAUGACAUUAGAGUCCAUCGUCAGUUCUACAGAUUGCCUGAAGGUACAUUACAGCUUGCAAAAAUCAGUAAAGUGUUGCUGGCGCUGGAAAGAGGACAGCUCUCCAACUUCAAAGGAAGAAAUCUGGAUGAGAUCAGCAUUGAUCCACAAGAGAAAAUGUCUGUGGACAGUGGAUCAGACACUGAAGAGGAAGAGGUUGACUCAGCUGAGAGGGAUCCUGCAACUUCAUCUUCCAGAUCACCAGAUCAAUUUGGGGUGACCAGGAGAUGCACCACUGAAGGUGGACAAAACAAAGAUCUGCCUUCAGCCAAAGAGAGAUCAAAUGACAAGGUACCGGUGGCCAUGGAAGUCUCUGGCAACUCCAACACAACUAAAGGGCCAUCACAUAGGAAGAGAGUGAAGUGGAGCCAAGAAGAAAUCCAGGCGGUGGAGAAAACGCUCAUGGACUGUAUUGACUCUGGAACGGUUCCUGGGAAAGCCCAGUGUAUGAAGUGCAUUGAAGCCUCACCAGUGGCCCUUGAGAACAGGACAUGGCAAGCGGUUAAGUUCUAUGUGAAAAAUCGCAUAGAUGCAUUAAAACGAGAGACUUUCACAAAAAGGUAAGCGUUGACCUUUUAUUAAAGUGAAUGGAAACGGGCCAUUUGUUAGUACCAUAACCACGCCAGUUCUGUUUGGAGUUUGAAAGUUUUGAAGUUUUGGGACAGCUGCAGUCAGGUUUUGUAAUAGAAGUAUGUAUACAUAUUGCAUGUUCAUGUUUAUGAAUACGUAUUGAUGAAUACAUAAAUUUUUAUUUUUUCAUUUGUUUUACAUGUUGGCUUUUAUGUAUAUUUUUUUUGCCACAAGAUUGAAAUAUUAUAAACUGUGCAAUAAAAUGGUUUGCAUAAAACCAGAAAGGAGAGUCCAGUAUUGAUGGUUGGCAGUAAACAGGUUACCAGUACUUAAAAAUAAUUUUUAACAAAAAAGAAUCAAAUAUAAUGUGGUUUAUUGACUUAUUUAUUGCUUAUAUUUGACAUCCUCAUAUAUCUCAGUGGUCCCUAAAACUUAACAGUGCCACCUGGUGGAUAAGUCAAAUGAGCAGGUCCCCAUGUGGAGCCAAAAACCUGAAAGAUUAAAAUUUUCUAAAUUUGAUUAUUUUUUAUAUUAAAGAUGAUAUUUCAUGUUCAAAAAAAUAGAAGACUAAAAUUAACCUAAAACCAAGCCUCUAGAUCGUUUAGAAAGUUGGGUCCCCACGUGUAACCACCUAGUCAGGGGCCUAAAGAGAGUCCCCACGUUUGAGGAAAAACACGUAUGUGUGUGUGUGUGUGUGUGUGUGUG